AUGGCUAACCUUACAAAACUCGAGUUCGUUGCCCUUGAUAUUUCAGGUAAGAACUACCUAUCAUGGGUGCUAGAUGCUGAAAUCCAUCUUGAUGCUAUGGGUCUUGGAGACACCAUUAAAGAAAAUAAUAAAGCAUCCAACCAAGAAAAUGCCAAGGUUAUGAUAUUCUUGCGUCAUCAUCUUAAUGAGGACCUAAAAAUUGAAUAUCUUACUAUUAAGAAUCCACUCGUUUUAUGGAAAAACUUGAAAGAAAGGUAUGACCACCUGAAGAUGGUCUUCCUCCCAAAAGCACGACAUGAAUGGAUCAAUCUAAGGCUACAAGAUUUCAAAUCAGUUAUGAAGUAUAACUCUGAGAUGUUCAGAAUUACUUCUAUAUUGACACUAUGUAGAGAAAAGAUUAGUGAUUCUGAUAAGCUGGAAAAGACGUUCUCCACUUUUCAUGCCUCGAAUGUGCUCCUGCAGCAGCAAUAUCGAGAGAAAGGUUUCACAAAGCAUUGUGAUUUGAUUGCUCAUCUUCUUGUGGCUGAACAAAAUAAUGAUUUGCUGAUGAAAAAUCACGAAAAUCGACCUACUGGCGCUGCACCACUCCCCGAAGUGAAUGAGGUGUAUGCCCACUACUCCAGGCGUGGAAAAGGUCGUGGCCCCGGUCGUGGUCAUGAUAAUAGUCGUGGUCGUGGUCGUUAUAAUGGUCAAAGAAGAAAUUAUUUUCCUGCUGUUAGUCACUCUUCAAAGAAAAAUCACCACCAAAAGGGGAAAAAGAAGGAUGAUAGGCAUGAAGUGCCAGAAGCACGUGGCUCAGAAAACAAAUGUUAUCGAUGUGGUGGAAGUGGACACUGGUCACGUACCUGUCGUACGGCAAAGCACGUGGUUGAGAUUUAUCAGGCAUCAAUUAAAAGAAAAGAGAAAAAUCUCGAAGCUAAUUUUAUCUCUGAAAAUCAAGUUGACAUCACACACUUGGAUGUAGCAGAUUUCUUUGAGCAUCCUGAAGGAAAGAUAAAUCACUUGAUUGGUCAUGGUUCUGUGGUUAGAGAUGAUUGA